CUAUUCAUCCUUUGUCCAAAAUCAAUCAAACGAGUGAGUGUUGGAGAAUAAUGGUUCGUGUUGUAAGACUAUAUACUUUACCUCUAUAUAGUAAUGAGAAGAUGACAAAUUCUAUUGAGGUAUUUUGCUUUCUCUUCCCUUUAAGUUGGUAGUUUACAAUGGUAUUUACUUUCAAAUUGCUUUGUGACAACAAUUUUUUUGUCAUGUGAGGUAUUUUGCUUUCUUUUCCCUUGGCCUCCUUUAUGGAAAAUUUGUUAAUUGGGUCAUCACUUUUCAUUCUGUGACAUUUACUUCUCAUCACAUAUAGCAUACAUAUGAAAUAGUAAGGACUAUUAUUGGGUCUUGGGUUUCUGGCAGAUAGUGGCUUUUGGAUUUUAAAUUUAGUAGAAUACUGAUAGGGAGAAGAAGAUGUUAUCAUUUUGUCUUUUUAAACACAUGCAACAGAUUGUUGUGUCUUUGACAAUUGAAGGAAACCUGUAAAGUGCUUCUCUACCAUAGAAUUGAUAUGAAUCCUGUUAUUUUAUUUUGGUUGAUUUGUUUAAAGUACUCAAGUUUAUGCAAAAUAUGAAUUUUGUAGCCAUGAACUUUUGCUGUUUGAAGCCCUAUGUGAAGGACUUGAUGAAGAGAUGGCAAGAGAUCCAAGUGUUUGUGUAAUGGGUGAGGAUGUAGGCAACUAUGGGGGUUCCUACAAGGUCACCAAAGGCAUGGCUGAAAAGUAUGGUGAUCUAAGAGUCCUCAACACCCCUAUUGCCGAGAACAGGUUCACGGGACUCGGCAUCGGAGCAGCCAUGACCGGUCUCUGUCCCGUCAUCGAGGGCAUGAACAUGGGAUUUCUCCUCCUUGCCUUCAACCAAAUUUCCAAGAUACCCAUUGUCAUCCGGGGACCCGGUGGGGUGGGCAGGCAGCUAGGUGCAGAACACUCCCAGCGACUCGAGUCGUAUUUCCAGUCCGUACCCGGCAUCCAAAUGGUGGCAUACUCCACCCCUUACAAUGCCAAGGGUUUGAUGAAGGCUACCAUUAGUAUGUUUUAUUUGGGCUACUGCUUUGAAGUACGACCAGUUCUCCUCAGAGGCUUCUCAGAUGUGCUUCAUGUAUGGUGGUGAGUCAUACUCCUUGAAUCUUAUUGAUAUUCCAGGUCAUGUAGAUUUUUCAUAUGAGGUAUUUUUCUUUCUCUUCCCUUUAAGUUGGUAGUUUACAAUGGUAUUUACUUUCGAAUUGCUUUGUGACAGCAAUUUUUUGUCAUGUGAGGUAUUUUACUUUCUUUUCCCUUGGCCUCCUUUAUGGAAAAUUUGUUAAUUGGGUCAUCACUUUUCAUGGAUUUUGGAUCUUGGGUCUUGGAUUUAUGGCAGACAGUGGCUUUUGGAUUUUAAAUUUAGUAGAAUACUGAUAGGGAGAAUAAGAUGUUAUCAUUUUGUCUUUUUAAACACAUGCAAUAGACUCUUGUGGCUUUGACAUCUUAAUCCAGCAGCCUAAUCUGUAUUGCUUAUGCAUCCCCUUUUGGAUUUGUUGUUAAUUUUGAUCAGACUCUUAGCCUUAGCAUUGAUAUAGCUUUGGAUGUCAUUGACAUAGUACUUCGUAGUACUUCGUAAAAUGGCACGGAUAUUUUAGGCACUGAUUUCCUGAGUAAGGAUAAAACUUUACAACAUAAGUGUAUAUUUAUGAUAAUCAAAUCAUUUCUCUAGCCAUUUCACCUUACUUUCAUGCCAUUUGCUUAAUUCCUUUCUUAAAUAAAGGGGACAAAGGAAUAUACAACAAUAUUAUUGUACUUGAUAUACUCCAUUUUUUCUUGAAUAUAUAUUAUUGGCAUGUUAUGCUUUGUCCUACCAUUGAAAAAAAUACAUACCAGAGGAUUAAAAGAGUGGUUGCAGAAUUGUUGUGUUCCAACAAUGGUUGUUGAGAUCAUUGAAGGCUGAAGCAUGGUGGCUGAGGGAUGAUCACUCCCAUACCACCAAUGGUUGUUAAGGUCAUUGAAGACUUAAAGAUUCUGUAGAGAAACAUUGAUGCUUGCAUACACUUUAAAGACAAAUUUAGAGAACUCCAUGUAGUAGAAUAUAUUUCCCCUUCUGUCACAUAUGUUUUUUUUAUGAGUAUGCUAGAAUUUGGAUUUCUUUUUUGUAAUGUGUUCCAUGGAGGCUGCUUUUGCUUUAUGAUGGUGUAUAG